GAUGGAGCUCAGUCCACUGCCUGUGAUGCUCUUGCUGAUUUCACUCAUACCAGUGGUCCAGGCUCAAGGGAGUCCUAAAGCUGUGGUGUCCAUAAAGCCUGAUACACAUGUGUUCACUGGAGAGGCUGUUAUUCUCAUAUGUGACAUACAGGGAGGAGGAAACACUCAGUGGACUUACAGCUGGAAUAAAGAUAAUAACAAACUCUAUUCAAAUGGAAAUAAGAGAGAUUUCAUAGACACAAUGCAGGUGUUAAUAAUCUGGUCUGUUGAAGACUCUGACAGUGGAACCUACAGCUGCAGAGGACAUGGGGGAUACAAUCAGAGCUCAGUGAUCAGUGAUGAUGUUACACUGACUGUAUCAGUAAAACCCAAACCGACUGUGAGAGUGAAUCCUCAGAGCUCCGUCUACACUGGAGACACCGUCACUCUGAGCUGUGAGCUGCAGCAGGGGACUGGAUGGAAGUUUUUCUGGUACAAAAAUAAUCAGAUGUUAUGGGAUCUGAACAGUGAACAAGUGAACACACUUAAUGUGACAGUCGAUAAUGCAGGAGAAACAGAGUACAUGUGUCGAGCAUACAGGAUAAACAACUACAACUACUACACAGAGCUCAGUGAUCCUGUCAAGAUUACAGUGAGAGGUGUAGAAGCUACAUUCUCAGUGCUCAUGCUGAUCUGUAGUGUGGUGACGGCCUCUCCGUAUCUGCUGGUGACCAUCAUUCUGCUGCUCAUAUGUUACAGAGCUCGAGAUCACACUGAUGAAGACAGAAUUGAGAAUGCAGUCAUAGAGGCUUGAGCAAAAUUCAUCUAUAAAAAGAAGAUACAUUUACUAUAAUAUAUAUUAUUGCAGAAUUUCUAUUUCUUUAUGGUUUUGUGUGGAUUUUAAAACAAUACUGAUUUGUCAUUUAAAUGUCCUGCUGUUAUUUGCUCAUCAUAUUAUAGACACCCUCAUUGUUGUGAAUGGCUUUGUUUAGUUAAUGUCUGCAAACCUCCUGAUGAGGUGUAAAUUACCGUGUGUGUACAGUAGUGUCCAAAAAGCCCCACAGCCAGCUUUUUUAUGCAAUAUAAAAAUGUUAUCUGAAAUAUGGUGCUAAUAUUGUGUUUUGUGUCUUCUCAGUAUUAGUUCUACCACUGCUGCAUUUGUACUGCUGUUUUUAUUCUAGUUGUUUGUGAGAUUUCCUCUAUAUGAAAUGUUUCGAUCAAUAAAAUAAAUCAUUAUUAUCAAUUCA